AUGGGCAGCUUUCAGCUGUGGUGGGAGGCCCAAAAGGAGGUCAUCUUCGCCUUCACCGGUCUCUCUCCGGCCACUUUCUUCACUAUUUUGGCGAUUCUAUUUGCCCUUUUCUACAUCGUUUCCGGUCUCUUUGGCUCCUCCUCCUCCGACCGUCACCACCAAACUCGCCACAUCCAAGCAGAAGUUCCCCCUCUCAGACCACCCGUUCAGCUAGGCGAACUCACCGAAGAAGAGCUCAAGGGCUACGAUGGCAACGAUCACGAUAAGCCAUUGCUCAUGGCAAUUAAGGGUCAGAUCUAUGAUGUCUCCCAGAGCAGGAUGUUCUAUGGGCCCGGCGGUCCUUAUGCUUUAUUUGCUGGCAAGGAUGCUAGUAGAGCUUUAGCAAAAAUGUCUUUUGAUGAGAAAGAUCUGACUGGUGAUAUUUCUGGUCUUGGCCCAUUUGAGCUCGAUGCGUUACAAGACUGGGAAUACAAGUUUAUGGAGAAGUAUGUUAAGGUGGGAACUAUUAAAAAGGAAGUUCCAGUUGCCGAGUCCUCUGGCGGACCAUCAGAAUCUACUCCCCGCGAUGUUGAUGCUGUUAAUCCAACUGCUGCAGCUGAUAAAAGUGAUGUUGAUGCUGUUAAUCCAACUGCUGCAGCUGAUAAAAGUGAUGAAACACCUUCAAAUGUAUUAAUCCCACAAAGAUAUUGCAGAAAAAAGAAAACAAAAAGACUGAGCAAAGUGUCAGGCAAGUUUUCAUAG